UCCUCAGCAAAAUGAUAGAAAUAACGUUUAAAGAUUUAGAAACAAUGUUCGAUUUAAUUUGUCGCUUUUGUCUUUCGGACAAAGACUGCUGUCCACUUUUCCUGCCCGAUGGCAAUAUUAACCAAAGAUUGCAAAAAGCGUUCGAAAUCAUAGCAUCGAAAGUGGAUGAAAACGACGGUCUUCCAAACAACAUUUGCGGUGAAUGUUUGCGGAAUAUCGAGAGCUUUGUCGAUUUCGAAGCAGAUUGCAGCAAUUCGUACCAAAUUUUGAUGAAGUUUCUUGAUGAAUACUCAGAAGAUGUACCGGACAGCAAAUCGCAGAGCUUGGAUUGUGAUUCGGACCAUCAACUACAGGCCAAAAGUCAACCCGACGCUGAAAUGUUAAUCGAAGAUCUUGAAUCUAGUGUGUACAUCUACAAUGACGAAGAAGUAAUACCAACACUUGACCCGGAAGUUGAUCAAGUUGCUCAGGAAAUUGAAACGAUAAGGGAUGACCACAGCACGGCCACUCUGGAGUCUAAAGUCUACAGCGAUACAUCAGAAGAUGAAAAAUCUCCCACAGAUUCAACAGCCCUGUCGAUCAUAAGCGACGAAAUGUACAUUAAAGCCUGCAAUACCGCAGUGUUGGACUAUUGCUAUCGUAAAAAUCGGAAAAUACCAAUUGUAAAGUGCAUAUUUUGCUGUAAAACGUACCGUGGACGUAAUACGUUGCGGAAGCAUUUGAAGAUACAUUUUCAGAUCAAAAACUAUUCGUGCCCAUUUUGCGAGCGGACCUUCUCCGACCGAACCUCACUGCGGAUGCAUGAAACGCGUCACUCGAACAUCAAAUCAUUUAAAUGUGAUCAAUGCGAACGCGCAUACUACAGCCAGGUUGAACUGAAGCAACAUCGUAUCGCGAAACACGGCAAAAGGAACCAUGUGUGCACGGUUUGCAACAAGCGCUUUUCUACCAAAACGAUCCUGCAAGAUCACGAACUCGUGCACGAAUCGGAUCGUCUAUUCGUUUGUUCCACAUGUGGUAAAAGCUUUAAACGACAACGUAAUCUUAACCGACACUAUCAAAUCCACGAGAAAGCCAAACCCUCGAUUAAAUGUGAGCCUGCAGACCAGAGCAAGACGGCCAACAUUUGCCAGUACUGUGAAAGUAUGUUUGAAAAACCUUCUAAAUUGCUAGAACAUUUAACACAAGAACACCCGCAAGAGUAUGAACAAAGUCGCGACGGUGCACGGUGUUGUUCGAUAUGUGGAACCGUAUGUCAGGAUAUGGAACACUACCUGCUGCAUCAGGAUACGCACGUUUUGCUGGUGACCACAGCAGGAGGCUUCCAGUGUGUGGAGUGCGGCAAACAGCUGCGUUAUCGAUCGUUGGCAGAAAAACACCUUCAGUCGCAUAGUACGGAACGCACUUUUCAAUGCAAUGUCAUGGAAUGCUCCAAAAAGUACAAGUUCAAGGUGCAUUUAAUACGCCACAUGCGCUUGGCACACCCGGAACAGCAACAGACGUGCUGA